AUGUUAAGGAUUCCAAUUCUCAUUUUUCAGGAAGCAAACCACACUUUACCUCUUCAUAAUCUCCUUUCUGAUGACUCUACUGCUACUAAUUCAACUCACCAUUAUCAAGCGUUUUUGGGAAGUCACUCUCUACCGAAAUCUGGAAAACGGAAGAGCAAACAAAUGGAAGAGAAGAUAAAGCGCCCUCGUCCAACCCUACAUAAGAAUGUAUUAACACCAAGAAUGAUUCUCGACGAAAAAAUUCUCAAACCCACUCCAGCCUAUAAAAGUGUCUCGAUGGAGCCGGAUCGUACUCAGGAAGAGAUAACGAAGGAGUCUCUUUCGCGCGAAUCUUCUGAAGGAAAAGGAGGCUUGCAAAUAAGUUCACAGGAAGUUUUGGGUAGUAAAAAAAAAGGAGGCUUGGAAAUAACUUCACAGGAAGCUUUGGAUAGUAAAGAAAAAGGAGGCUUGCAAAUAAGUUCCGUGGGAGUUGGUAAAGAAAAAGGAGGGUUGGAAAUAAGUUCACAGGAAGUUUUGGGAAGUCAAGUAAAAGAAGGUUUGGAAAUAAGUUUACAGGAAGUCUUGGAUAGUAAAGAAUCGACAUCUGAUAAUCGGCAGAUGCUUGUGUCUAAGGAGAAAGCUGAAGAUGAUAGCAACAUUCAUUCCUUGUUGGAAAAAAUGUAUUGA